UUCUUUCAGGUCUUCUCCAGAGAGGUUCGGGACCCCAGAGCCAGUGCAGGGGAGCCUCGCAGGGCCGCCGAGGUGCCGGCAGUCAACCAGCCGGUCUCAGCUGCCUGUCUGGGCUGCUCUGCUCUUGGGUGCCAUCCGCAGUCCCACCCCGCUGUUUGCUGGCAGCAAACACACCCAGGGCCCUGCCUGCCCCUCUCACCUCGUUCAGAUUCCCAAGGCUGGCGCGCACGUGCCUCCCAUGAACAGGGUCGUCCCAGAGGCGUUCCUCGCCGGCGGAGAACCGGUGCCCCAAGGCCGGACCCGCCGCUGCCUGUCUGCUGUGGAAUCUAGAGACCAGCUAGAGGAGGAAGAGGAAGAUGAGGAGGAGGGAAGAGAGAGGAAGGAGAUGAACAGCUCCCAUGCCGUGCCCCUCCGAAGGUCGGGGGCUUUCCGUGCCCACAGUCACACCUAUGACCCCUUUAAGAGACACAGCUGGGGGUCAGGCAGGGAGCACCAGGACCCCAUGACAAGGAGGAGACUGCUGGCGUCGGGAUGCCCGGGCUCCCAGGAGGUCCCCUUACUACAGAGCCAAGAGGAGCUGGACACCUUUCUGGGACUGCAGCGCCAGGGUAGCCAGCCCUCCCACCUGGACCACUCAGACUUUCUAUUUCUUCUUGAUUCAGUUUUGGGCCAGGGCUCCUGUCAUCCAUCGGCUGGCCGUCUGAACGCCUCGGCCACUGGCAUGCUUUCCAAGUCUGUAUCCAUGAGUGGCAUCAACUGCCUCCUGGACUGCGCGGAUCCAAACGGGAAUUUAUCCCGGUCCUCUGCCAUCGAUCUCCGCAAAAGCUGUAGCCAGCUGGAAGGGGGCUCAGGCACCUGGGCAGGCUCCUCCCUGCGACGGACCUUCAGCUUCCUCUUGGGCAUGACCGGGAAGGCCAAGACCCGGGAAAAGGAGAAGAUGAAGGAAGCCAAGGAUGCCCGCUAUACCAACGGGCACCUCUUCACCACCAUCUCCGUGUCGGGCAUGACCAUGUGCUACGCCUGUAACAAGAGCAUCACCGCCAAGGAAGCCCUCAUCUGCCCGACCUGCAAUGUGACUAUCCACAACCGCUGUAAAGACACCCUGGCCAACUGUACCAAGGUCAAGCAGAAGCAACAGAAAGCUGCCCUGCUGAAGAACAACACGGCUUUGCAGUCUGUUUCUCUUCGCAGUAAGACCACCAUCCGGGAGCGGCCCAGCUCUGCCAUCUACCCCUCCGACAGCUUCCGGCAGUCCCUCCUGGGCUCCCGCCGUGGCCGCACCUCCCUGUCUUUAGCCAAGAGUGUUUCCACCACCAACAUUGCUGGACAUUUCAACGAUGAGUCUCCCCUGGGGCUGCGCCGGAUCCUGUCUCAGUCCACAGACUCUCUCAACAUGCGGAACCGGACCCUGUCGGUGGAAUCGCUCAUUGAUGAAGGUGCAGAGGUGAUCUACAACGAGCUGAUGAGUGACUUCGAGAUGGAUGAGAAGGACUUUGCAGCCGACUCCUGGAGCCUCGCUGUGGAUAGCAGCUUCCUGCAGCAGCACAAGAAGGAGGUGAUGAAGCAGCAGGAUGUCAUCUACGAGCUAAUCCAGACGGAGCUGCACCACGUGAGGACGCUGAAGAUCAUGACCCGCCUGUUCCGCACGGGGAUGCUGGAGGAGCUUCAGCUGGAGCCGGGAUGGACGAGCUCAGCGACAUCCACACGCGCUUCCUCAGCCAGCUGUUGGAGCGCAGGCGCCAGGCCUUGUGUCCGGGCAGCAGCCGCAACUUCGUCAUCCAUCGCUUGGGUGACCUGCUCAUCAGCCAGUUCUCGGGUCCCAGCGCGGAGCAGAUGCGUAAGACCUACUCGGAGUUCUGUAGCCGCCACACCAAGGCCUUAAAGCUCUACAAGGAGCUGUACGCCCGAGACAAACGCUUCCAGCAGUUCAUCCGGAAGGUGACCCGCUCUGCGGUGCUGAAGCGGCACGGGGUCCAGGAGUGCAUCUUGCUGGUGACGCAGCGCAUCACCAAGUACCCGGUGCUCAUUAAGCGCAUCCUGCAGCAUUCCCACGGGAUGGAGGAGGAGCGCCAGGACCUGAACACGGCAGUGGACCUGGUGAAAGAGUUGCUGUCCAACGUGGACCAGGAUGUGCACGAGCUGGAGAAGGGUGCCCGCCUACAGGAGAUCUACAACCGCAUGGACCCUCGCGCCCAGACCCCGGUGCCCAGCAAGGGCCCCUUUGGCCGAGAAGAGCUUCUCCGGCGCAAGCUCAUCCAUGACGGCUGCCUCCUCUGGAAGACCGCCGCGGGGCGCUUCAAAGAUGUGCUGAUGCUACUGAUGACAGACGUGCUGGUGUUUCUCCAGGAGAAGGACCAGAAGUACAUCUUUCCUGCCCUGGACAAGCCCUCCGUGAUAUCCCUGCAGAAUCUCAUUGUCCGGGACAUCGCCAACCAGGAGAAAGGGAUGUUCCUGAUCAGCGCGGCCCCGCCCGAGAUGUACGAGGUGCACACAGCCUCCCGGGAUGACCGGAGCACCUGGAUCCGCGUCAUUCAGCAGAGCGUGCGCGUAUGCCCAUCCAGGGAGGACUUCCCCCUGAUCGAGACAGAGGAUGAGGCUUACCUGCGACGAAUUAAGAUGGAGCUGCAACAGAAGGACCGGGCGCUGGUGGAGCUGCUGCAGGAGAAGGUCGGGCUGUUUGCGGAGAUGACUCAUUUCCAGGCAGAGGAAGAUGGCGGCAGUGGGAUGCCUCUGCCUACCCUGCCCAGGGGUCUUUUCCGCUCGGAGUCCCUCGAGUCCCCCCGUGGCGAGCGGCUGCUGCAAGAUGCCAUCCGUGAAGUGGAGGGCCUGAAAGACCUACUGGUGGGGCCUGGAGUGGAGCUGCUCUCGACGGCCCGAGAACCAGCUCUGCCCUUGGACCCGGACAGCAGCGGUAACACGAGUCCUGGGGUCACUGCUAACGGUGAGGUCAGAACCUUCAACGGUUCCAUCGAGCUCUGCAGGGCUGAUUCGGAUGCCGGCCAGAAGGAUCGCAAUGGGAAUCAGCUGAGAUCUCCCCAGGAGGAGGCGUUACAGCGACUGGUCAGUCUCUACGGACUUCUCCACGGCCUGCAGGCGGCUGUGGCCCAGCAGGACACUUUGAUGGAAGCCCGGUUCCCUGAGGGUCCCGAGCGGCGGGAGAAGCUGUGCCCCGAGCCAACUCUCGGGAUGGGGAGGCCGGCCGGGCCGCGGCCGCCCCUGUGGCUCCGGAGAAGCAGGCCACGGAACUGGCGUUACUGCAGCGGCAACACGCGCUGCUGCAGGAGGAGCUGCGGCGCUCCCGGCGGCCAGGGGAGCUACUCUGGGAGAAGAAGGUUCCCCUGGGCCCGCAGGCCUCUGGAUCCUCGGCGGCGCAGCCUCCCUGCUGGGGAUGCCCUAUACCUGAGUUUCACGCCCCCGCAGUCCGCAGCCUCUCCUGCUCGCCCUCUUCACUCAAGCCGAGGCCAUGACCGCUUGGAUCUGUCUGUGACCGUUCGCUCUGUCCAUCGACCCUUUGAGGACCGAGAGAGGCAGGAGCUGGGGAGUCCAGAGGAACGUCUGCAAGAUAGCAGUGACCCCGACACUGGCAGCGAGGAGGAAGUUAGCAGCCGUCUGUCUCCACCCCACAGUCCGCGAGACUUCACCCGAAUGCAGGACAUCCCAGAGGAGACCGAGAGCCGUGACGGGGAGUCCGUAACUUCGGAGAGCUAAGGGGCCCUCCCCUGCCCCGUGCCCCAGCAGAAGAACAUUACUGAAGGGGCACACCCUGGGGACUCAUCUACGACCGUGAGGGAACAUCGCGAGAACUGCUGAUUGUCCUUGCCAGCUCUUGGGAUCCCUGGAUACCUGGAGCCCUGUAGGAAGCGGGGGGAACUAGGCCAUGAGACCCCCGGUUUCAUUCAAAAGAUACAUUACAGAUGAUGACUUUUCAUGCCUUCUUCCCUCUACUUAGGAAAAUUUAUUUAUUUAUUGUUUAUUAGUUAUGGGGGGAGAGGGGAGAUUUAAAGGACCAGGGACAUGGGAACCAAGCCAUAGGGAUCAGGGGGCCUUGUCCUUAAACACUACUGGGGAAUAUUCAGGCUCAGCCCUGCAGCUGCUGGGGUCUAGCCCUGACGCCUCUCUCCAGCCACACCCAUCUGUGCGAAGAGGCUGCCGCGUAGGACCUUACUGCCCCUUUAAGGAGGGCUGUGGGCAGGGCCAUGUCCCUCUCCCCUCGACCCUUUCCUGCUGUCCUCCCUACUCUCUGUCCUCCAUGGAAGCCCCAGGGAGAUAACCUGGCCUCCUAGACGUGAUGGACUAGAGACUGGGGUGGCCAUCAUGGUUUGUUGGGGGGAAAAAACCCACAGGGACCAGAAUGUUUUGUUUUGUUUUCUUUUUUGUACCAAAGCCAACUGCACGUGUUUUAUAUUUUUAAGAUGAGAUUGUAGGCAAUUAGAGAUCUAGGCUUCUACGUCCACAUCUCUGAAGAACUCAGGGGCGGGAGGGACGGUGACUUCUCCCGCCUACGUUUUCAUCUACAGUAAUGGGGGACCGCUUCUGACCUCUUCCCCAGCCGUGUGGAAGAAAGUUCUAGGCUGGGUCGGGAAAUCUCUACCAACCUGACCUCAUCUCCCAUCUCAGCAACUAUGACCUAAAACCUCAGAGUGAAUUGGGGGGAUUUUCCAGUGGAUCCCCUAUGCCCACCAGAUACAGCCAUUUUUUUCUGCCAAUUUGAUUGUUUAAGACAAAAAGAAAAAAAAAAAGAAAAAAAAAAUCAAGCAGGGAAAAUUAAAGACCUGGAACCCCAUAA